AUGCACGAUAGUAAACAUAGAACAACAGAUACGCAGAUUUAUGAUAACCGAAAAGAUGGUAGCGGUUAUUCUUCAAAUAAACGAGAGUGGAAUUUACAAACACAUGGAUAUAAUGAUGAAACAUCAAAUCAUCGAAAAUUUAUGCGAACUCAAUCUUCAUCAAAUAAUCGAGUUGCAUCAAAUUCGUCGUCAUCUCAACAGCAGCGUCAAAAUGGUGAAAAAAAGGCUGUUAAAGAUACAAAAAAACCGCUUCGUGUAUUCGGUGAUUGGUCUGAAUUCAAAAGUUCAACAGGCAAAACAUAUUUUUAUAAUUGUAAAACUGAAGUAUCUCAAUGGGAAAAACCUAAAGGAUGGCCAGCAGAUGAAUCCAAUCGAACCAGUACAUCAUCCACAUCUUCGACAAAUCGAAUUAAAAAAGAAUCGACAACAAAUAUUUCACCUACAGUUCGUACUCGAUAUAAGAUGGAAGAAUCAUCUUCUCAACGAACUUGUUCCCAAAAUACAAAUCUUAAAUUAACUUCAGAACAUUCUAAUAAUCAUCAAAAUGGAAAUCAUUCAGUUAAAGAAUCUAAUGAACAAUUAUCCAUUAAUUCACAUAAUCGUCUCCCUAGUCCAGGUGAUGAUAGUUCUCGAAUGUCAUUUUCGUCAACAAGUAGUAAAGAAUCAUCAUCAGUAAUAGUUAAUACUAAUAAUACAAAUGAAAUUAAUGGAAAUGUUUUACAUUCAUCUAUAUCAGAGUCGACUACUUCAAUUUCCGCUCCUAUGUCUGAUAAUCCAUCGAAAUCUUCUGAAACUAAUCCAAUACCUAUAAAUGGAAAUGAUACAAAAACUCCUACGACUCGAUCAACUAUUUCAACUUUGACAAGUACAGAAUCUACACACGCUCAUGAAAAUGAAUCAAGUACACCGACUAUUUCAAAAGCUGAACGUGAUCAUGAAAUUCAAAAAUUUUAUCGUGCUGAAUUAAUUCGACAUUUAACUGAUUGGCCAUCUACCCAAUUAGAAAAACAGUGUUUAAAACUUUUUGAUGAUUAUUAUGGAUAUAGUGCUAAAAUGUCAACAGCAUUUACGGAAUUAAAAGCAUUGAAAUCGAAUUUUCGUGUACUUGAAAUUAAACGAAAUAUCUUAACUCAGAAACUUCUCCGGUGUCAAAAACAUGCAAAAGAACGAGAAGAAGAUAAACACUUAUAA